AUGACCAAGUUGCUGACAGAAGAGGGAGCCAUGGACCAGGCAUUUACAUCUCUGAGUCCUAUCUUUUUGUCUUUAGAAAUGUGUUGCAUCUUUUCCUUUCCUUUCUCUUCCAUUCCACCAGAAUGCGGUGAAAGACCUACUUUUGAGGGAGGACCUCAGUAUUCCAGAAUCAUAGGGGGCAUAGAGGCUGAGGUGGGUGAGUUCCCAUGGCUGGUGAGUAUUCAGGCAGGCAAUGAACAUUUCUGUGGCGGCACGAUCAUCGACGAGUGGUGGAUUGUCACUGCUGCUCACUGCUUAUCUCAUGAGGGGAUGAUUCCGACAGACCUGAGCGUUGUGCUGGGGACCAACAACUUACAGAGCCCAUCCCUGGAGGUAAAAGGGGUCUCGAGCAUGGUUCUUCACAAGGACUUUAACAAACUCAACAUGGACAAUGACAUCGCCUUGCUGCUGUUGAAGUCGCAGAUCACGUUCAGUGGCCUGAAGGAACCCAUCUGCAUGCCCUGGCAGCCCAGCCCCUCCACGUGGCACAGAUGCUGGGUAGCAGGAUGGGGACAGACCAAAACUGGUGACAAAAACUCUGUGAAACCUGAUCUGAUAAAAGUGCCAAUGAUCAUCAUGGAUUGGGAGAAAUGUUCAAAGUUGUUUUCAAAACUUACCAAAAAUAUGCUGUGUGCUGGAUAUGAGAAUGAGAGCUAUGAUGCUUGCCAGGGCGACAGUGGGGGGCCUCUAGUCUGUACCCCAGGAUCUGACAAGCAAUGGUACCAGGUGGGCAUCGUCAGCUGGGGAAGGAGCUGUGGACAGAAGAACACUCCAGGAAUAUACACCUUGUUAGAGAAUUACAGUCUCUGGAUCAAGAAGGUGACUGAGAUAGAGGGAAGGCCCUUUAACUCUGAGAAAAUGAGAACUCCUUCCCAACAGACACUGAUGCGAUCGCACGCCUCAGAAUUCCCAAAGCCAGGCAGCCCCGGACUCCUGCUCCUGCUCUGCCUUCUGUCCUGCAAGCUGUUCUAGGCCACCUUCCACUGACAAUAAAGCAAAUGCUAUUCCUUAACCAACGAGGGUUGUGAGAAUGUGCCACCAGCAGCUUCUUAGCUGACUACAGAUUAGAGCUAAGGACUAGAA